ACAUUUUCCUACUCACUCACUGUCAUCACGUUCUAACCACGAGAGUACACCAAUUAUUUCGUAUACUAUUCAGUUUCUUUCGAGCUCUUGAUCAAAUCGCCAGUCUUAGGAAAGUUCCUCGAGAAACUCUUAAACCGUUUUGCUCACUUUUCUUCCUGACCUUUUUCUAACUCUUCAAAUUUGUUCAUUUUUAAUUUUUCUAAAAAAAUAUUUUAGUGAUUUAUCAUCAAAAAUGAAUUGAUUGGAGUAUUUAGAGAUAGUGUUGGGAAAAGAAAUUUCCCUGAAGAUCGCUAAAUGUGGAUAAAGUGUGCAAAAUUCAUAAAGAAUUUGUGAGAAACGGCAAUUUCAGUGGAUUAUUCGUUGAAAUCUUGUGUUAUUCAAAGGAAAAUUGUGGAAAAAAGUGAUUUUUUCAUCGAAAAAACUAUUAUAUAAAAGUGUUCUUCGUACAACCAAUUGAGAAUAUUCAUUAUCGUAUCUCAAUAAAAUCAAUCCCAAUUGGCUCCUCUUGCAAAUCGUCAAUGUUCUUGCAGAUCAAUUUUUAGAAUAUAGAGCAUGGCAUUUUAGUAUUGUGUGUGAUUGGUUGAUACAACUCAAUUGUCUAUCACCAACCGAACACAAUUUCGGUUCAGGAAAAUUUUACUCUUAUUUCUUUUCGAACACUCUCAGAAGACACUGUCUCAGUUGUUUCAAUUAGAAAUCACACUUAAUUUACACUCUGUCUCGUUUCAUUGCACGUAAUGAAAAAGAUAAUAAAAGACAAUAGAGGUUGGGAAGACUUAAAAAAAAAACAAAUAAAAAGACUAGCGAAGCGUCCUAACUUUGCGGAGUGCUCGAACUUAGUCACAUUACGCAUAAUUUUCAUUUUUGAUGCUUCUAAAGAUCCUGAGUAAAUUAGAUAAGAAAAGUACAGUGCUAAGAACUGAUCGAAAAUAGACUGUGAGAACUUCAGUGAUUUUCUCAGUUUUUCCCUCGCUACAUCAUAAAUUUGAAUAAAUUGUUGGAAAAUAGUGCAAAAGUGAAUAUAGUUAGUGUGUAAAAUUACGAAAAAAUUGUUAUGGAUUGAAGUGCAACAUAAAUUCGGAUUAAAGUUCAACGAUGGAGUCCAAAAUGGAUGAAUUGAUAAAGUCUACAAAGCGCAAGACAACAGCAAUUGAUCAAGAGUUCUCACAAGUGAUAACUCAACGACAGCAACAACAAUCCGUGACAUCGGUCCAAAUAACUAAGAACUUUCACUCAGUGCAGAAUAAUCAUCAUGAAAGUGUGAGUUCCAGUGAAAUUUCUCAGAUCAAUGACAUUUUGGUUGUGAAUAAAAAUUAUACGGCCGAAGGUGAAGGAUCAAUUUCACUGAAACGCGGUGAUCUUGUUGAAAUAAUACGCACGAGUGAAAAUGAUGAGACAACUGCCAAACGACAGAGAUUGGACCCAGAAUUGGAAGUGGGUCAGACCGGGGAAAUUCUCGAUAAUUCAGCGGCAAAACACAAAUUGUCGGUGAAACCAAAGAAGAAUCACUUAAGUAGUCAUCAGAGGAGUGUUAGUCCUCAACCAAAGCGUCCUGAACCCAAACCUGAUGAAAAGUGGCUCGUGAGAAUCUUCGACGGGAGUGAACAUCCACGCGAAGGUUGGAUACCUGCCUCAAUCCUCGAUCUGCAGAACACAGAUGUAGCAAUCUACGGGGACAAAUCCGACGAUGCUACCUACAGGAGAGAGGCUGUUGUCCGUGAACUUGUGGAGACUGAGGAAGAAUUUGGCAAAGAUCUGCAAAAUGUCGUCAAUCGCUACAUGAAAUUAAUUGAUAACCCAUCAACACCACGCAUCAUACGCGACAAUAAAGACGUCAUCUUUGGAAAUUUCAAACAAAUUGCUGAUUUUCACAACACCGUCUUGAUCGAAGGUGUCAAGUACUAUGCCAAUCAGCCAAAUAUGAUCGGGAAAACCUUUUUGAGACUCGAGAGAGAUUUCGACAAGCAUGCAGCUUACUGUCGUGAUGAGCCAAAUGCUCAGGAAUUCCUGGCCAGCAAUAACACCGUUCGAGAUUUCUUUGAGGAAUUAUCACAGAAAUUGGGUGACGACAAAACCCUUGCGGAGCAUCUGCAGUUACCAAUCCAACGAAUCAACGACUACCAACUACUUUUGAAGGAGUUGGUAAAGUAUUCACAGAAAUUGGGAGACAACGUCUCCGAUCUUCAGAAGGCCCUAGAGUUGAUGCUAAAUAUCCCUCAUCAGGCGAUUGAUAGUAAAUUUCUCGCUAGUAUCGAGGGAUAUCGUGGCAAUAUCCACAAAUUGGGACGUCUCUUAACCCACGAAUGGUGGACUGUUGUUGAUCGAGAAGGUAAACCCAAGGAGCGCUAUCUUUUCCUCUUUAAAGCCCGCAUACUCGUUUGCAAAGUUCGACGAAUCUCAGAUGAUCGUUCUGUAUUUGUGCUAAAGGAUAUUGUUCGGCUUCCAGAAGUCGAAAUCAAAGAUUAUCCAGACGCAGCCAAGUUCGAACUUCACGCAAAAUCAUCCGGAGGACCAGUAUCAUCGCUUCCUCUCAUCUUUCACGCCCACAACACCGAUACCAAGGCCAGGUGGCUCAAGGAAAUUCGCCUCUACGCCACAGACCAAGUAGCCCUACAAGAGCACGCCGUUGACGAUCUACGUCUAGAUCCCAAUCAGGUUCAUCAAGACGCAGGGCCAGUCUUCAAACUUCCCCAUCGCAUUGAACCCGACAAUCCUGACGCAGGUGUUCGACCAUCAGACGUCGCCAAGGACUACUUCCUCCCCAAGAAAACCAAACCAUCUGAGGAAUCAGUGAACCAUCAAAGUGUUAUUGAAAGUUCUUCAGUGCAAUCAUCCCAAAAAGUUGUUCAAGCAAGUGAAUCAGUGCUCAAAGAAAUCAAAUCAGAAAGUAUUCAUGUGAACGCUAGUGAAUCAAAAGAACGAGCUAAAUCUGCUGAAAGAAAAUUACAACGUACAGGUGCUGUUGAGACCUCUGUUGAAGAGACUCAAGUGUCCAGUGCAACAAAGGUUGAAAACCACCAAGUGAUCGGUGAGUGCAAUAAGGAAAAUCUUCCGCCAGAGAAGAGUAAAGUAAAGUGUGAGAAAAGUGUUGAUGAACCACCAAAUAAGCAAUUUAAAACUGAAAAAUCGCCAGAAAAGAAGAAAAUCUCCCCGGAGAAAGUGUCUAAAAUCCCAGUGAAGAAAUCUUCGCCGGAAAGUGAAUCAAAGGCAGUUAAAGAACCGGAAAAACCCGUUGAGAAACCACAAGUUGUUCAGGAAAAAGCUAAAGUUGAAAGUUUAGUUUCUAGUGAUAAAGUUAAGACAGUUGAAGAAAAGUCCAGAUCUGUUCAAGAUACCCAGAAAACCCAAGUGAAAUCAGUUCAGGAACCGAAUAAACACGUCCAAGUUCCAGAACCUGAGAAAAAGUUAGAAAAAUCGAGCCCUACUAAGGAUCUCCCUAAGGAACCUGAAAAGCCAAAAGUUGUUCAGGAACCGGAAAAACCGAAAAGUGAACUUGCAGUUGAGCCCCCUAAAAAUCCCCAAAAAGAAACUGAAAAACCCAAAGUAGAAUCUGUUAAAGAAUCUCCUGUAGAGAACCCAAAGACAGUUCAAAAGGAAGAGCCUAAGAAGGACACUACAACAGAGACCUUACCAACUUCUAAAGCAAGUGAUAAGGAAUCCAAGGAAAAGCCCACAGUUACAUUUGACCAAGCAGCUGGCGGUCAAGAAAAGUCAUCAGACAAGGUCUCCGGAUCAGAGUCAAGUAAGAAGGGUGUACCCUUGAAGAAAAUCCUAUCGAAACCCAUCGAAGAUCCCGAUCCACCAGAUCGUCCAGAGCCCCCUCGUGGCGGUGGCGAUAGAUCACCAAGUACCAUUAUCCCUGAUUUCAAUCCACCACCACCCCUAGUCUAUCACACAACUUUCGAAGUAUCCCUCCACAAAGAACCACUCCCACCACCACCAGUACCACCCACAAUCUCCCACAAGAUCAUCGUCCACACUGAGAGCUUAGAGCAACGUACAGCUGAUUUCCUAAGUGGCAAAUGCCAAUUGGAAUUGGACCCAGUUAAUUACUCCCUCGAGGCGGCACAGAGUAAAUUGCGUGAUAUCAAGUCCACUGUCCACAAGUCCAAAGACACCUCAGAUCGUGUUGAGGACACUGUGUGGAAGGCAAAGUGUGGGGUAUUUGAUAAGAUACAACCACCUCCGCCACCACCUGAACCAAAAGCAAAAGUCUAUGAUAUUGUGGAGAUAGUUCAACCACCUGAAGAAUGUGCUAAAUUGCCAGAAGAUCUCCAAAAGCAGUACGAUAUCACGAAGGAAUUGUUAAUAGCAAAAGGCGAACAAAAAAUGGCAUCCAGAUAUUCAAGUUCACGGUACUCGCGAAAGAGUCAAGUUAGCAGCGCGUAUCAGUCAUCUUAUGAAUCUAGUUCAAUGUCGUCCUCCUCUUCGGCUUAUACAUCAUCUGGCCAGUACACAGCCAUCGGAAAUGAACGACAAAUAUCCAAUGGGACUGGCAUUAAGCCAAUAUUUAAGAAAACCAUGAAAGGGUGUAACAUCCAACCCGGAGAUAAAGCAAUAUUUGAAAUUCAAUUGGAAGGAGAACCGUCUUCUGUGACAUGGUUGAAGGAUAACAAGCCCUUGGAUGAUCGUCUCGCAGACAGGAUUAAGAAGACAGAAUUAGCGAAUAAUACUCAUAAAUUGGAGCUGCAACAUUGCAGCGAAGACGACAGUGGACUCUACACAGCUAGAGCCAACAACGGUGCCGAAUCAGCAACCUGCAGUGCUCAGUUAAUUGUCCAGAAAAUGUCUGCUGAGAAGAAAAAGGAACUGGCUGAGGCCAAUGCACCUGUAUUUACAAUUCGCCUAAAAGAUACAGAAAUUAUGGAAAACACUUUCUUGCGCUUCAUGGUAAAGGUCAAAGGAGAUCCUUCACCAAAAGUCAAAUUUUUCAAAGAUGGCAAGGAAGUCCAGGAGGGUGAUUCUCACAUUGAAAUCAACAGUGAACGAGAAGAGGCAGGAUUCUACGAACUAAUCAUUGCUGAGGUUAAUAAAAAAGAUGCUGGACAGUAUUCCUGUACAGCCGUUAAUAAAUACGGAGAAGCAUCUUGUGAAGCCAAGGUUACAGUUUGUGAGGACAAAGACAUCUUUGGAGAACUGUCCGGAGGAAUUUUGCCACAGGGUGAAAAGCCCACAUUCUCAUGGAAACGCAAUGGCCAAGCUUUUGAUCCCGAGGAACGCUUUAAGGUUCUCUUGGGUGAUGAUGAAGAUUCCCUGGCCCUCGUUUUCCAGCACGUGAAGCCUGAGGACGCGGGGAUUUACACUUGUGUGGCACAAACAAGCACCGGAAAUAUCUCCUGCAGUGCCGAGCUGACUGUUCAGGGAGCUGUGCAGCAGUUGCUGCGUGAACCUGAAAAGCCUCAGCUCAUAGUUGAGCAUCGUGAACCCGUGGCUUCCAUUGGAGGAUCAGCGAUGCUCGAACUCCACUGCAAAGGCUACCCCAAGCCGGAGAUAUUGUGGAAGCAUGAUGGGAAGGUCAUUGAACCAAGUGGAAAGUACAAGUUCUUGUACGAAGACUCUGAAAGUAUGUCUCUGGUAGUGAAGAAUGUAACAACUGAAGAUGCUGGAUUCUACACAAUAACAGCAGCCAAUGAGCUAGGAGUUGAUACAGCAGAGAUGAAUUUAAUUGUUAAGACACCGCCGAGGAUUAAGAAACCCUCAGAUUUCAGCUGCAUGGCUGAUGAGGUCUUUAAAAUGGGAGUAGAAGUCGAAGGUGUUCCUCCGCCCACAUGUAAAUUCUUCAAGGAAGGAAAGGAAAUCUACGAGACCGAACGCGUAAAGUUCACAAGUUCCAAUGGUACUCACAAUAUUGAAUUCUACAAUGCUACCUUGAAGGACAGUGGAGCUUACUCAGUAAUUGCUACCAAUGAAGUUAGUCAGACUUCAGAAUUCUGGAGUCUCACUGUAAACUCCGCUCCUAAAGUGACAAAGAAACUAGGUGAACAGAUCAUCGUGGGAGAAAAGGAAGACAUCGUUCUGACCGUGAGAACGGACUCCUAUCCACCACCAACGGUCAAAUGGCUGAAGGAUGGCAAGGAACUCAACAUGAAAGACUCUCGAAUUCGUGUCUUGACAGAAGGAGACGUUCACACUCUAAUCAUCAGUGGAGCCUGCCGUGCUGACGCUGCUCGUUAUGGCGUAGAAUUGAUCAAUCAACAUGGUACAAUUCGCGAUGAAACCACGGUUGACGUGAAAUGCGGUCCGCAGUUCAAGCAGAAACUUAAAGAUAUCACAGUAAAUGAGGGUGAUACCAACAUUGAACUAUCAGUCAGUGUCGAGGGCUUUCCCAAACCAACUAUUCAGUGGUACAUUGAUAGCACAGAGAUAUCUUCAACGCGCAAUGAGUAUCGUAGGAUUGAAUCAGGAGAAAACUACACGCUGGUCAUCAAUGAAGUCACAACGGAAAUGCGUGGAAAGUACUCAUGCGUUGUGAAAAACGAAUUUGGCAGUGAGGAGAGUGUUGCCAAUGUCACAGUUCAGUGCAAACCGAAGCUCAAGAAGAAGCUCAAAGACACAGAAGUUAAUGCAGGAGACAAUCUAACCCUCGAAGUAGAAGUUUAUGCUGUGCCAGAGCCCAAAGUUGUCUGGUACAAAGAUGGUCAGGAAGUUCGUGCUGACGCUAGAAUUAAAAUCUCUCGAGACUCACAGAGACUCGAGAGCUACUGGAUGACUCUGAAUUUGGUUAAGGAGCAAGAUGCUGGUGAAUACGAAGUCAAAGUGUCCAAUCCUCUCGGCAUUGUUGAGACAAGGAGUCAAGUCACUGUUAUAAACAAAGAGGAGGAUUUAGGCAAUAACACACAUUUGAAGCAGAAACAAAUAAUCCUGGAGGAAGAGACUGUUGAGAUGCAAGAAGUCGAGGAGGAACGUGAACCACAGAAAAAAUUGCACGUUAAGCAAGAAGAGGAAGAACGGACAUUAAAGACUAGUCCUGAAUUAUCCAAACAAACCCUCACUGAAUGUGUUAAAGUUGGCGAAUCUGGGGAGAGUGUACGAAUAUCUGUGCUUACGGAGGAGAGUCGAGAAGCAACAGUAUCAGGUCCAGAAGAAGGUCAUACUGUUCACAAAAUGCGAGCUACAACUGUUAUAAUGGAGGAGGAUAGCUCAAUGCAGGAACCAACCAUUACCAAUGUCAUUCCACCAAAUCGUCCACAUGCCACAUCCUUGCAAGUUGAAGAAAUUGGUAGCUUCACUUUCACCAGUCACGACGAAUCAAUCACUUAUGAAACCGUAGAUGGGUCAGGAAGGCCUCUUCAGGGUGUGAUUGAAGAGGGAGAAUCUGAUGGGGAAAUGAGUAUUUCUCAUAAGAAAAUCUCAUCUCGUGGCGUUUCAAUAAUGUCAGCUUCUGAGGAUGAGACCAGCUUCAGAAGUGGUAUGCUUUCACGAGAAGUUUCAAUUGACGAAGUCCAGAAGGACAUGGUACUGGACGAAGGAGCUAUCAAAGUGAAAAUUUCUGAGAGAAAAUCCGAGACACUGGAAACAUUUGUCGGAGAGAUGGACGGCGCGGAAAAGGUGUCGAAAAGGGAUUUAAGUGAUGAGAAUGAAGCUAAGAAGAAACGUGGAAGAUUGUUUGAGACUGAAGAAUCUGAACAUGUUCCGGAAGUAGAUGGCAGUCGUAGGAAAUCUGGAGUAGAGACUGACGAAAGUAGGAAACCACGAAGAGGAACCCUAAUUGCGGAUGUUGAAAGUGAAGUUAAUGGGGAUGAGGAUGUUUUUGCUACCUUUACAGCCGAUCAAGAAGACAAGGCUGUUGAGAGUAAGACGGUUAGGUUGCUCAAAAAGGAGAAGGCUCAGCAGGAAGGUACUGAAUCUGAUAGUCUAAAACUGAAAAUUUUCGAUGUAGCUGAAGAAGAUGGUAAACCGCUAAAAGGAAAAGCGAUAGAAGUUAAAGAAGUGGAAUCAACUGAUGAAGAUUACAGGUCAAAACUCCAGGAAGCUGCUGAAGAAACAGGUGAUAAGUCCGUUGAUGAAUUGCUAAAGCGAGUGGAGAGACAGAGGAGUGCUCUAGGUGAAAUUCUCGAUAAACAGCAGGAAAUCAAACAAGAAGCCGUUCCGGAAAUCAUUAGCAGUGACAUUAAGGAUCACACUGUGUAUGAGUCUCUGCCGAUUUCCUAUGAGAUUUCAGCAAGGGGUAUCCCAGAACCCGAAGCCCAAUGGAUGCAUGAAGGAAAAUACGUGAAAGAGGAUGGAAAUCGCGUCAAGAUAACCAAAGAUGGAGAAAAGUUCAAGCUCAACAUUACCGAAGUUAAAAUGGAAGAUCAGGGCGAGUACAAGGUUGUAAUCCACAACAAGCUUGGAGAGAAGGCACAACAAGCCGUUCUUACAGUGAUCCCUGUUGCGGAACUUCGUAAACCAAUCUGUCUGAGUCCGUUGAAGGACAUUGAUGCCAAGAAGGAUGACUUUGUUUCACUAACUACAACCCUAACAGCCGAUCCUCUUCCCGAUGUUGUUUGGUGCAAGAAUGGCAAGGAAAUCACAGCAGAUGGAUUCAUUGAGAUCAAAUCGAACGUCAAAGAGAUAGAGAAUGGUUUGAAAGAGGUCACCUAUUCCCUCAAUAUUCCAACAGCUCGUCACAUUGAUACGGGAGACUACUCGAUUAAGGUGAAGAACAAGUAUGGAUAUGCUGAAGCUAGUGCUCAUCUCGAAGUCUACCUUAAACCAGAAAUCAAAGGACUCAAGGAUCAAGCUGCAGAGCCCUACGACGAAAUCAUAUUUGAAUGCAUCAUUCAUGCAAAUCCCCGACCAAAAGUUGUCUGGACAAAGAAUGGCCAGAACCUCUGCAACAAUGAUAAUUUCGAAGUGAUUGCAGAUGUUGAACGAGAAACCUACAAGCUAAUUGUUAAGUCUGCUGGACCCGAAGAGGGUGGAUCCUAUACAGUAACAGCCAGUAACAGUGGAGGUGAAACUCAGGGCUACGUCCAGUUGAACCUUCAUGUAGAAAAGCCAACCUUUAUCAAGAUCCCUGAAGAUCAACAAGUUCACGAUUUUGCCGAAGUUAUAACAAAAGUUCGCGCCCAGGGAGUGCCUAAACCCGAAAUCAAAUGGCUCAAAGACGGUGAAGAACUCAAUAUGAACAACCGGGACAGCACCCGUCCAAGAAUUCACGUUGAAAGCACCAGUGAAACCCAAAUUGCCAGCGACAUGAGUAUUGAACACUUCAACAAAGAUCUUGCUGGAGAAUACUGCGCUAUUGCUUACAAUGUUUCCGGGGAAACUGAGGCUAGAUUCAAACUCACAAUGCUCAAUACUCCACCAUCUUUAUUCAAAAAUUUGGAACGUUUUGUCGAAGUCGAUGAGGGUGAAAAACUUCUACUGAGUGCCAUUUUGAGUGGCAGCCCAAUUCCCCAAGUGCAGUGGUUCAGGGAUGGUGAAAGAUUGCUGCCAAGUGAACAUGUUAAAAUGACUAACUUGCCAGAUGGGACAGUAAAAUUAGAAAUAGAACAUGCUCAACCAUCUGACUGUGGCGCCUACAAGCUUGUUAUUUCUAAUCCAAAUGGCUCAAAUGAGGCGCUCUGUGCUGUGGCUGUUAAUCCUGAACCAAGAAGACCGUCCUUCAUCAAGCCACUUGGAGAUGUUAAAGUUGUUGUUGGAGAUGUUCUCAAACUGGAAGCUGAAGUUAUUGGUUUCCCAGUGCCUGAAGUUCAGUGGUUCAAGGAUGGUGUACCAGUUCGUCUCUCCCCAGAUGUCAACUUUGUAUGCCAACCAAAUGGCAUUAUUGGCCUAGUGAUUGAUUCUGCUCGUCCUGAAGAUGCUGGUGUUUACACCGUUAAGAUUAUGAACAAAUUAGGCGACAUUGAAGGCAAAGCCCAUGCUGAGGUAGAGCCUAAGCCCCAGAAGCCUGGAUUUGUAGCUGAAUUGAAGGAUGCUAAUGGCAUUGAAGGAUUCCCAAUAACUAUGGAGGUUAAAACAGUGGGACAUCCACCACCAGAAAUCAAAUGGACACACAAUGGUGAGGAAAUCCAUCCGAAUGAGCACUUUAAGGUUACUACAGCUCCAAAAGGUGCUUCUACCCUUGUCAUUGAUCGUGUGGACCCCAAUGAUGCUGGGGAGUAUAAGGUGAUUGCAACAAAUGACGAAGGAGCUGCUACGAGUAAAGCUCGCUUGUUCGUUAAGCCUAAGAUGGAUGAGGCUGAACCGGAAGAGGCUCCUAAAUUCCUCAAUAAAUUGCGCGAUGUAAAUGUCGAUGAAGGCAAACCUAUGAAACUCUCAGCACCUUUCGCUUCAAAUCCCAUCCCCGAAAUCUAUUGGACGAAGGAUAAUGAACCAAUUGUUCCUAGUGAUCGCAUUUUGGUUACUUGCGAUGGAACAAGUGUAGGUCUGACGGUGAAUCCGGUUGAAAUUACUGAUUCUGGAAAUUACAAAUGCCUUCUGGCCAAUCCUCUGGGUGAGGAUGAGUCUGAGUGCCAGGCUAGUGUUAGAAAAGUCUAUCAGCGUCCUCAGUUCACUCAUAAGUUGAUCGAUCUGCAGGAGCUGCCUAAGAAUGAUGCCAAGUUCCCUUACAAAUUGACAGGAAUUCCUGCUCCUGAUACAACCUGGUACUUCAAUGAUAAUCCCAUACAUGAUGGUCAUAAAUAUAAAAUCAAGAGUGAGGGUGAUAUUGGUUGUCUCUAUGUUAAGAACUGCACACCAUCAGAUUCAGGAGUCUACAAAUGUGUUGCUCGCAAUCGCGAAGGACAAGACAGCACCCAAGCUCGUCUGGAUGUUGUGGAUAAGAUUGAACGACGCGAGAGAGCAGAACCGCCAUCCUUCCUCAAAAAGAUCGGUGAUACCGAGGUGUUCCUGGGAACAAAAGCUAAGUUCACAGCCUGCGCAAAUGGUUUCCCAGAGCCUCAAGUUGAAUGGUACCAUGAUGGAAUUAAACUUUUCCCUUCGGAUCGUAUUAGGAUCGAAGCUGAAGCUCAUGGACUUCUUCGGUUGACGAUUGACAACGUGAACGAGAAGGAUGUUGGAAAAUACAAGUGUCUCAUCUUCAAUCCACAUGGCGAAGAGUACUGCACAGCAGAUCUGUUCACUGAGUGUGAGUUUGAGCCUAUACCAUCAGCAAGGGCUUUGGAAGAUCAUUCAGGUAAAGGUGUUGGUGAACAGUACAGUGAAUUCGACAAGCAUAAACGAUCAGGAGCUCCUGUGCCACUUCCUGAUCGUCCAAUCAUCUCCAAGAUGACAGAUCGUCGCCUAACACUGUCCUGGAGGCCAUCAUUCCCCUCAUCAGGACGCUUCCCGGUAACUUAUCAAGUGGAAAUGCUAGAACUUCCAGACGGAGAUUGGUUCAACGUUCGGUCUGGAGUCCGAAAUUGCGCAUGCGAAAUCCGCAAUCUUGAACCAUACCGUGACUACAAGUUCCGCAUCCGCGUUGAGAACAAAUACGGUGUUAGCGAUCCCAGUCCCUAUGCUCAGACAUAUCGGCAGAAAUUGGAACCAGAUCCACCAAGAUUCUAUCCAUACCUUAUGCCUGGCAUUGAUUUCCGUCCCAAGACCUCUCCUCACUUCCCUAAGGACUUUGAUAUUGAGCGUCCUCCACACGAUGGCUAUGCCCAAGCACCAGUCUUCCUGCGUCAGGAGCACGAUUGUCAGUACGGAGUUAAAGGACACAAUGUGAACUUGUUCUGGUACGUCUAUGGGUACCCCAAACCUAAAAUGACCUACUACUUCAACGAUGAAAUCAUCGAACCGGGCGGUAGAUUUGAUUGGAGCUACACGAGAAACGGUCAGGCAACUCUCUUCAUCAAUCGUAUGCUAGAUCGCGAUGUUGGGUUCUACGAAGCUGUAGCUAGAAACGAACAUGGAGAGGCGAGGCAGAAGGUACGCCUGGAGAUUGCUGAAUUCCCAAGAUUUAUCCAACGCCCAGAAGAAACGUACAUCAUGGCUAGGAAGCAUGGUCGUCUGGAGGCAAAGGUCACCGGAGUACCUUUCCCCGAGCUCAAAUGGUACAAAGAUUGGCAGCCAUUGGCUGAAAGUUCACGCAUCAAGAUGCAAUUCUAUGAACCAGAUACUUGUGUCCUCCUCAUAAGCGAUGCCAUUUACAAGGAUGAGGGUCUCUAUUCCCUGUCGGCACGCAAUGUUGCUGGAUCAAUUAGCUCAUCAGCCAUGAUUCACAUUGACGACGAUGAAGAUGAAUACAUUUUCCACGCUCAUUCACGACGUCCUUAUGUGCGAUCCAAACAACGUCCCUAUGAAGAUGCUUAUGACAUCGGGGAUGAACUGGGACGUGGUACUCAAGGUAUCACUUAUCAUGCUGUUGAGAGGGCUACUGGUAGGAACUUUGCUGCCAAAAUUAUGCACGGAAAGGACGAAUUGCGUACUUUCAUGUUCAAUGAACUUGAGAUCAUGAAUUCACUGAAUCACAAGAAACUGAUUAGGCUACACGAUGCCUUCGAUACAAAUCGCUCAAUGACACUCGUGAUGGAGUUGGCAGGUGGAGGAGAGCUUGUAAGAGAUAAUCUGCUCAAGAGAGAUUGGUAUACUGAACGGGAUAUCGCUAGUUACAUCAGACAACUUCUGCUCGGAUUGGACCAUAUGCACUCAUGCGGAAUUGCUCAUCUUGGUCUCAAUAUCAAGGAUCUUCUCAUUGCCCAUCCAGGUAGUGAUGAGCUCAAAGUUUGCGACUUUGGCUUAGCACGUCGAAUUCAAGGUGGAAAACUUGCACCGCUUGAGUACGGAAUGCCUGAAUAUGUAGCUCCUGAAGCUGUUAAUAUGGAAGGUGUCAACUAUUCCUACGACAUGUGGUCUGUUGGUAUUCUAACCUACGUCCUCCUGAGCGGCUCAUCGCCCUUCCGAGGUCCCAAUGACCGUGAAACUCUGACAAAUGUCCAGCAAGGAAAGUGGGAAUUCCGCGAGAGUAUCUGGAAGUACAUCUCAGAGGAAGGCAGGGACUUCAUCUCCAAACUUCUUAUUUACAUGGCCGAUCGGCGAAUGGAUGUUAAGACUGCCCUCAAGCAUCCCUGGUUCAAUCUAAUUCAUCGUCGUUCCAAUGAUGAAUAUCGCAUUAGUACGGAAAAACUCAGAACAUAUCAGUAUCAGUUCCAAGACUGGUACAACAAUGCUUCUUGCAGAAAUUGGUACAGACGUCGACCUCUUGCAGGAGCCUUUACGCAUCCUUCCAAGAUGGUCUACCCACCUGGGGAAGCUUACACUCCUGGACCAACACCUGACAGAGAAUCCAAGGUCAGGUCGAAACGUGGUCCAAUGGAGGACUAUGUUGGACGUGAACCUGCUGAAUACGAGUUGGGAAUGUUCCAAUCUGAGAGUCACUAUCAAUAUGGCCCUGACACCUAUCUGCUUCAGCUCCGUGACACUGACUUCCCAGUACGUCUUCGUGAGUACAUGAAAGUUGCCGUUCAUCGUUCCCCAGGGUUCUCUUACAAUUUGAGUGAGACAGCAUAUGAUUGGUCCCUGCCAAUUAUCCGGGAACGUCGUCGCUUCACAGAUAUCAUGGAUGAGGAAAUCGAUGAUGAACGCCGCUCCAGGAUCAGUUCUUACGGUUCCAACGAUGGUAACAGUAUCCGUCGACUGAGGACAGAAUUAGGAUCCCGGUUGGAUACGUACGUAGAAGCUGAUGCCAUGAUAGAAUCGAAGAAAAUGGGUCAUCCACCUUUCUUCCGGGAGAAACCUCAGAUUCUAGCCAUUACUGACAACGAACCCGCCCAACUCCAGUGCUACGCUGUUGGAGAUCCCCAUCCGGUUGUACAGUGGUUCAAGAAUGACAUGGUGCUAACAGAGAGUCGUAGGGUGAAGAUAGUUACAGAUGAAGCAGGAAGAUCUAUACUGAAACUCCAACCGGCUGUUCACUACGAUGAAGGAAUUUACAAGGCUGUGGCAAGAAAUAAACUUGGACAGACUGUAGCGAGGACAAGGGUUGUUGUUGCUACCCUGCCAGAUGCUCCGGAUUCCCCGGAAGCUGUCAAUAUCAGUGACACUGAAGUACUCCUUCGUUGGAAGCAACCCAGAGAUGAUGGGAAUUCCUCAGUUCUCUGCUACAUGCUCCAGUACAAGUUGACCACUGAAGAUAAUUGGACCACAAUCGCUGAUAAUAUCGAUCAUGAAUUCUAUCUGGUUCACAACUUAGAGGAACGUCACAAUUACAUCUUCAGACUGGCUUCUAGGAACAAGAUUGGCUGGAGUGACAUGGGAAUACCUACGCAGAUCAUAACAACGCGGGAAGCUGGUUGUCCUAAAGUAACAAUAACACGAGCAAUGCGACAUCUCCAGAAUCUAACAGAAGGAGGUCAAGAAGUGACACAGGAUGAGAACAAACCUCACAUAGAUUAUCGCUUCGAGAGAGAACCUAUCGAGUGGACAAAGGAGAACAACCUCAGUCAAUACUACAGUUUUAUCUCAGAAAUUCAUCGCGGACAGUUUUCGAUAGUGGUCAAAGGAGUCGACAAAGCAACAGAUCAUGUGGUUGUAGCAAAGAUAUUUGAUCUUAAUUCAGAAACUGAAGCUACAAUCCAUCAUGAAUUCAAUCUCUUCCGUACACUGAGACACGAAAGGAUACCUGCCCUACUGGCUGCCUUCAGACCUCAAAAUUCUCCCAUUGCCGUUUUGGUACAGGAGAAGCUUCAAGGUGCUGAUAUCUUGACCUACAUGGCUAGUCGUCAUGAGUACAGUGAGCAAGUUGUGGCCACGGUGGUCACGCAGAUCAUCGAUGCCCUACAGUAUCUCCACUGGCGUGGAUAUUGUCACCUCAAUAUACAACCUGACAAUGUUGUGAUGGCCUCUGUUCGCUCAGUUCAAAUCAAACUUGUGGACUUUGGAGCUGCCCAGAGAGUAUCAAAACUCGGCACGAGCUGCCCAGUUACCGGUUGGUUAGACUUCUCAGCCCCUGAGAUGAUCAACGAAGAACUAAUCUACCCGCAGACCGAUAUCUGGUCCGUGGGAAUCAUAACCUACGUCCUACUGUCGGGAGUUAGUCCCUUCCGGGGAGAGACUGAAGCCGAGACCAAACAGAACAUCACAUUCGUGCGCUACCGCUUCGAGAAUCUCUUCAAGGAAGUCAGCCAAGAGGCUACGAGAUUCAUUAUGUUCUUAUUUAAACGUGGACCCAGCAAACGUCCAACUUGCGAGGAAACCCUGGAACACCGAUGGCUCAUGGCUACAGAUUAUAUGAAUAAGAAACGCGAGAGAGCAGUUUUCCUUGGCAAUCGGCUUAAGGACUUUUCGGAGGAAUAUCACACAAUGAAGAUGAAUGAAGCCAUGCAGUCCGAUACACUUAGCACAUCCUUCAUGAGUGGUGGUCCAUCCCCAAGGCAACUACUCCGCUCAAACUCCAUCCAAGAGGAACUUUCAGCUGCUCUUUAGAAAAAAAAAUCGCAUGUAGAAAAGCUCAUCGGAAUCGUUGCAAAAUAAACUACAUUGGAAAGACAAACAACACCAAAAAAAACACACUAUCAGACAAAAUCUUUUAUUGAAAAUUCAUUUUUACAUCUGACAGAAAAUAAUCUAACAGCAAAAAAAUUAUCUAAGCUUUCUUUUUAAAAAAAUAUUAUAUCGGUGGAGGUGUUUAUUGAAGAAAGAAUGGAGAAGAUGGCGUUUAAGAUGCAUAACGCAGUGAUAAUGAAUUCAAAUAAAUUGUUGACGAAU